AUGGCACCCGGCGAGUCGAAGGAUGAGCGGGACGAACGAGUGGCCCGGCUCUGGCAGACGCUUGAUGCGCGCAAGGAGGGCCAUAUCGAUUUGAACGGGCUGAAGAAAGGGCUGAAGAAGAUGGACCACCCUCUGAAAAACGCAGAUGGCAUGCUGCGCAGUAUCUUGCGCGAGGUCGACACGAAUGGAGACGGUCAGAUAGAUCAUGCCGGUCAGUUCUCGAGCGAUCCUCUUUUCCUUGAAGUGAAUCUAAACCAUCCCUUUUCCCGCACCACAGAGUUCCAGGCAUUUAUCAACCAUACCGAAUCUGGGCUUUGGCAGAUGUUCCAGGCCAUCGAUCGCAACCACAACGGCGAAAUCGACAAGAAUGAACUACGGAACGCAUUCGCACACUCAGGUGUCACCGUAUCGAACUCGAAGCUCGACCAGUUCUUCGACGAGGUCGACAAAAACAAUGACGGCGUGAUAUCAGAUUUCCUCCUCUUCCUACCUCUCCGCUCUCCGUCCGACCUCCACGCAGUCCUCUCAUACUAUACGGCCACGGGCAAUCUAAACCCGGAAGGAGAUGUCCACAUCAAUGAUCUACAGGGUUUAGGUACAGAAUCUCCGUUUCUUAAUCGUUAUCUUUCGGCCUUCAAGUGCCUUUUGUACAAUAUCCUCUCCUUGCACGCCCUCGCCUCCCUCCUCCCAUCAGCCUACGCGCAGACCAGCCCGCCCUCUGACUUGCCCACUGCUGUGGGCGGUGACUUCGAGCUGGAGAUUCUGCCUAUCCCCAAGACCAUCGCCAUGUGGAUGUCUCUGCGAUAUUAUGAACGGAAGUUGACCGAGAAUACACCUCAACUAGGCUACUUUGCUGCAGGCGGGAUUGCGGGCGUUGUGUCCAGAACGGUCACUGCUCCUCUCGACCGUCUGAAAGUGUACCUCAUUGCCCAGACGGGCGUCAAAAACUCGGCAGUUCGUGCGGCGAAAGAGGGUGCACCACUCGCUGCAGCCGGAAAUGCGUCCAAAACCCUCGUCGAUGCGUUGAAAGAGCUCUGGCGUGCAGGUGGCAUGCGAAGCUUGUUUGCGGGUAAUGGUCUCAAUGUUGUGAAAGUCAUGCCUGAGUCUGCGAUCAAGUUCGGAGCGUAUGAGUCUGCAAAGCGUUUCUUCGCUCGGAUGGAAGGUCACAAUGAUCCUAAGCGCCUUCUUCCUACUUCCCAGUUUUUGUCCGGUGGUAUCGGUGGCAUGGUGGCUCAAUGCUUUGUAUACCCCCUCGACACAUUGAAAUUCCGAAUGCAAUGCGAAACUGUCGAAGGUGGCCUGAAGGGUAACAGACUCAUUGCGGCCACUGCUCGCAAAGUUUGGAAUGCCAAUGGCUUGUUCGGCUUCUUCCGUGGACUCCCCCUGGGUCUGAUGGGCAUGUUCCCAUAUGCUGCCAUCGACCUGACGACCUUCGAGUACCUGAAGCGUGCACUUCUCGCCCGGCAGGCUCGCAUCAAGCAGUGCCACGAAGACGACGUCCCACUCAACAACUUCGUUACAGGCGCCAUUGGUGCCAUCAGUGGAGGCCUCAGUGCCUCGGUCGUCUACCCAUUGAACGUGAUGCGAACUCGGCUUCAGGCCCAGGGCACCGUUCUGCAUCCUUCAACAUACGCCAGCAUUGGCGAUGUUGCCCGCCGAACCCUCCAAACAGAGGGACCUCGCGGCUUCUACAAGGGUCUCACACCCAACCUCCUGAAGGUGGCACCCGCCGUUUCCAUCAGUUACGUGGUUUACGAGAACUCGAAACGGAUGCUGGGUCUGAAGUGA